AUGUCUUUAGGAGGGAGUGCUUUGCUGCCUCGAGCAGACCAGCUGAACCGUGACAACCAGCUGGUGCAGGAGAACAUCAGGAAACGGCUGCAGAAGCAAGACUUCGAGCAGAGCGUGAAAGCCCAGCUUCAAACCAAGCACUCCCACAGGAGGCAGAAGAUCCUGGUGGUGGCCAACCGCCUGCCCACGAAGCCCAAGCGCGACGCAGAGGGGAACUGGACCUUCGAGCGCUGCUCGGGGGGCCUGGUCUCGUGCUUGGCCGGGAUCCAGCAGAAGUUCGACAUGGUUUGGCUGGGCUGGCCGGGGGCGGACUUCAACGACACUGAGAAGGAGAUGGUGGCCAACGAGGCCAUGAAGCAGGGCUGCUACCCGGUCUUCCUGCGGCAGAGUCUGAUUGACGAGUACUACAACGGCUUCGCCAACAACGUCUUGUGGCCACUGUUUCACUACAUCAUGCCUCCCUUCGACAAGGGCGUGAACGAGUGCAGCACAGAGCAGUGGGGUGCAUACAAGAAAGCCAACGAAAUAUUUACGGAGGCGAUCUUGUCCGUGUACGAAGAUGACGACUAUGUCUGGAUUCAUGACUACCAUUUGAUGUUGGUUCCCAAAUUUCUUCGAGAAGCCAAACCGGACUGCAAUAUUGGCUGGUUCCUGCAUACACCCUUCCCAUCCGCCGAAAUCUAUAGAACGCUUCCCUGGCGUCAGGAAAUUAUUGAGAGUUUGCUGCAUUCAAACCUCUUGGGUUUUCAUGUCUAUGACUACUUACGGCAUUUUCUGAGCUCCUGCGUGCAGCUGACGUCCUUGGAGAUUUCCGCGCAUACGAUUGAUGCCACGACCAUUGGCGGAUGCAUUGUGAAAUGCGCGACCGUUCCGAUCGGCAUUUCUCCUGACGAGUUCCUUUGGGCCAUGAAAAAGCCUGAAGUGCAGAGCAAGAUCGAACAUCUUCAUGAGCAGUACGAAGGGCGAAAGGUGAUCCUUGGCAUUGACCGGCUGGACUACAUGAAGGGCAUCCCCCACAAGCUCAUGGCCUUCGGCUGUUUCCUGGAGCAUCACCCAGACUGGGCGGACAAGUGUGUACUAGUCCAGCUAGCGGUUCCGAGCCGGCGCGAUGUGCCUGAGUACCAGCGGCUGCAGCGCCAGGUGCACGAGCUGGUGGGCCAGAUCAGCGGGAAGCAUUCCACCAUCUCCGCCGGAGUGCCGGUGAUCUACAUGGACUCCUCCAUGUCUCCGGAUGACCUCACUGCCUUGUACAAUGUCGCGGAUGUGGCCCUCAUCACCUCCCUAAGGGACGGGAUGAACUUGGUCUCCUACGAAUACAUUGCUUGCCAGCAUGGGAAGCAGCACCCUGGAGUGCUGAUCUUGUCGGAGUUUGCCGGCGCCGCCCAAUCUCUGGGCGCCGGUUCGAUCCGAGUGAACCCCUGGCACUUGCAAGACACUGCCAACGCCAUCCAUGAGGCGUUGACGAUGUCUUCUGAGGAGCGCGAGGCUCUGCAAGAGUACGCCUUCAAGUACGUCACGGAGCACACGGCACAGAAGUGGGCCGAGACCUUCCUGCAGUGCUUGCAGGAAGCAUGCAGUGACCUCAUGGAGGUCACCUCACAAGUCCCGCCACUGCUGCCCUACGAGGAGCUGCUGUCGGACUGGUCAGACUCGGGUCAGCGCCUGGUGAUUUUGGACCUCAUGGAGUGCCUUGCGCCAGCGCGCGAGCGCAAGCUGCACUCCCGGGGCCGGCCCAACAAGUUCAUCCGAGUCCCCAGCGAACUCUUCCAGUGUCUGCGGACCAUCGGCUCCAGCCCCGGCACUUCGGUGAUCAUCACCUCGGAUCGCGACAGGACUGUUGGAUCCUCCGUUUCACGUAGCUUCACGUUUCGUUUCGGGGCGAGGCGAACGUUUGUGGUUGCAGGAUUUGGCAUUGCGCUUUUGGCACUUUUGGCGGUUCAGGCGUCGUGUUUCUAG